UUCCCAAUGUAAUUCAUUUCUUGUAAUCUGUGUUGAAUUAUUUGAUUCAUGAAAAAUUGACGCAUGUAUGCAGAAUAUCACUAGCUUUCAGCAUAAACCGGUUUAUGGAGGUCAUGGGAACUCGAAUUAUGCAAAAUUCUCGCAUUUUUGAGAGUGAAAAAGAUACCAGUUACUUGCACGAUAUUGCGAUUGACAAACAACUCAAUCAGGGCCUUUUACCAAGUGGAUAUGUUGAGAAGAAAGUUCAUCAAUUCUACUUUAUCAAGUUCCGGCCGUGUGAAGAUCAGAAUGUAAAAUGCAGAAUUGAAGAGGUUAAACAGCUGCUUAAAAAGAUUAAUCAAGAGCAACUUUCUAUAAACGAGGAACUCGGAACAAAACAGUUAAAGCGAUCCCAUGUGGUUUCAGAACUCCAAUAUUUAAGUUAUAGGAAAGAUGAAAUCAGACGAACUCUGUCCUGGAUACAGCUAACAGAUAACAGAGAAACAGAAGCUCUGAAUUCUGCCAAAAAUGCAUACAGACGGGGGGAGAUUAAUUCAUGCUCGUCAAGACAACUUAUUAGCCAUAUGCGACACAAAACCAACAAUUUGGCUACAGAAAGGCAACUCUUGAGAAAGAUUAAGGAAACCCAACAGAGUGAGGCUGUUGACUCAUUUUCGCCGGUUAGAGAAUUCAGUAAUAUGUAUCGCCCAAUGCAAUCCCAAACCAACAAUAAAGAUAGGGACAAGAAGAUCCUCAAUGAGAUCCAACAGAUUCAAUGGGCGGGGAAGAAAGCUAUUGUAUAUGCUAUUCAAAACCGAGAAAUUCGGAGCCCGUUAGGUUCAAGAAAAGCUAUUCAAGUCCAAUUUGGACUUAUAGCGAUACACAAGAAAAUCAGACAUGCUCAGCAAGAUUUGAAGGCUCUAGAAAAAGAUAUAGACUGUAAUAUGGUUCAAAUUUCGAAUUUACAGCUGAAACAGAGACAAGUGGAACGGUACAUUAAAUUUGAACUGAUGUUAGAAAAGGCUCAAAAUGAGGCGAAUAACAGAUAUAACAGAUACGUUUCAGUGAUGAGUAAUGCCAAAGAACUUGCAGAAAAGAAAGAUGUAAAAGGCCUUAAAGAACUGUCACUCCGAGAGGUUGAUACAUUCAUGUCUGAGUGGAACAGAAUCAAAGAGUUGCAGCUUAAUUAUAAGAAAAGCACUUUGGAAUCACUUAACAACCGUGAAUUGAGUUGGGAUGGACGGAUGAGGAACCUGAAUGAGGAGCCGAUAGUUCUGGAGACUCAAAGAUACUUGAAGCAGUGUAGCUGUAUAGAUUGCCGCACAAGAGGAUGGCAUUGUAGUAGUUGCAUCUUCAAUCCCAUUGAACCAUCCAGGCCAAAAGAAUAAGAAGAAGAGUGCAAGAAACCGUUGUGCCCUUCAUGAGAAUCAUUUUCUAUAAAUAAAAUUAUUAUGAUCCCCUU